CCACCGAAGCUAACGGCUCAGCGUGCAGUAUAAAUAACAUCCCAUUUGGCUGAAAUGUGGAGCCAUAAACCCUAAAGGCCAAGAAACAAAAACAAACAAACAAUCAAACCUCUGCAAUGUAUCCACCAAUGCAAAACGACGACGACGAAGAAGAAGAAGAAGAAGAAGAAGAAGAAGAAGAACUCUACAGCUGCGACGAAAGUGACGACGGAUUCAAUGAGGACAUGGAAGCCCUAAGGCGAGCCUGCACAGUCGCCGGCACAAAUCUCGAUCAACUCAACAUUGACAACACUCGUUCUCCCUCCCCCGCUGAUGCCUAUGGCUCGGAUGAUGAUGUGGAACUGUUUAGGAACAUAAAGACUCGGUUCUCGAUUCCUAUGAGUGAUUUUGAUGAGCCGCUUUCCUUAAAGCCGUUAUGUGCUCUUCCACCGGAUUUAGAAGAUGAUGCAUAUAAUGAUUUUGAAACUCUUUGCGCUGUUCAGAGGCGUUUUGCUGCUUAUGAUAACACCGAUAUUAUGAGAGGAAAAGUGGAGAAUUUGGUAGAGAAACCAGAAGCUAGAAAGGCUUCUAAAGUGUUUCCACAUACUGAAGAAGGUGAUCAUGCGACCAGUUUAUUUAGUGAUGAUAAAGAGAUACAGCAAUAUCAACUAUUGCGCGACAAUGAUGAUACUCAUGUUUUACCAUCUCUGGGGUUAUUACAAGAUUCUUCUAGCUUUCCAAAGUCAGCACAGGUGUUUCUUGAUGCCAUUAAGAGGAAUAGAUCCUGUCAAAAGUUCUUACGGAGUAAAUUGGUGCAAAUUGAAGCAAGAAUUGAGGAGAACAGGAAAUUGAAGGAACGUGUAAAACUCUUUAGAGACUUACAGGUUUCAUGUAAAAAAGUUACUGGCCGAGCACUGGCACAAGGGAAGGAUCCCCGAAUUCAAUUGAUAUCGGCCCAAAGGACAUUGUCUUCUAGAAAUUCAAAGGUUAAUGACAACAAGGUCUCAGCUAUGCAUAAUGGUCCAGUGGAGAAUUCUCAUGCUAUUAAUUUUAGAACGGCAUUGGAAAACUUUCCUCAUAUGUUGAAACAUAAAAAAUGGACUCAGAAAGAAAAGGAAAACCUUAGAAAGGGAAUAAGGCAGCAAUUUCAAGAAGUGUUGCUUCAAAUUUCAGUGGAUCAAUUGAGUGGUUCAGAAGGAUCUUCAGGAGAUGCUUACAAUUUGGAUGCCGUUUUCUCUUCAAUCCGUGAUCUGGAAAUUACUCCAGAAAGGAUUAGAGAGUUUCUUCCAAAGGUUAAUUGGGAUCAAUUGGCUUCCUUGUAUGUCCCUGGUCGCACUGGUGCAGAAUGUGAAGCACAGUGGUUGAAUAGUGAAGAUCCAUUAAUCAAUCACGGUACAUGGUCUCCUGAAGAGCUUAAGAAGCUAAUGUUUAUUGUCCAGGAAAAGGGGAUGACUAAUUGGUUUGAUAUCGCUGUAUUACUGGGGCGGAAUAGGACUCCAUUUCAAUGCUUGGCACGCUACCAGAGGAGUUUAAAUGCUCGCAUAUUAAAGAGCGAGUGGACGAAUGAAGACGAUAAUCAACUUCGCAUUGCUGUGGAAACUUUUGGUGAAAAUGAUUGGCAGUCUGUGGCUUCUACUUUGGUGGGACGGACUGGUCCUCAAUGCUCUAAUAGAUGGAAAAAAACUCUUCACCCAAACAUUUCAAGAACAGGCAGGUGGACUUUAGAGGAAAGCAAACGCUUGAAAGUAGCUGUGAUGCUUUUUGGUCCAAAGAAUUGGGGGAAGAUAGCUCAAUUUGUGCCAGGCCGAACUGGUGUGAAAUGCAGAGAAAAAUGGUUUAAUUGCCUAAAUCCAUCUCUGAAAGUGGGUAAAUGGACUGAAGAAGAGGACUCAAGGUUAAAGGCAGCAAUUGAAGAAUGUGGAUAUUGCUGGGCGAAGGUUGCAAAGUUUCUCUCACCCCGAACAGAUAGCGAAUGUCAGAGGCGAUGGAAGGUUCUAUUUCCGCAUGAAGUGCCCUUGCUACAAGCAGCUAGAAGAACGCAAAAAGCUGCAAUGAUAAGCAACUUCGUGGAUCGUGAGUCAGAGCGGCCUGCACUUGGUCCUCAUGAUUUUGUUCCAGUACCAAUGAUAAGAUCUGCACCUGAGCCCAAAGACACAAACAAAUUGAAGAAACCUAAAAGGAAAAUCAGCAACACUUCGAGGAGUCUCAGAUCCACAAAACCUAAAGAAGGAAUGCAUAUCUCUUCUAUGGAAGACCCAGGAAUAACUAAUGGCACCGAGGUUGAGAAAUUGGAGAAUGAUACUGGUGUGAGCAAUAGAGGAAUAAGGCCUUGUUCGUCAAAAAUUUGUCAUACUGAACCAGUUCAAGAUGAUCUAAUGUCGAAUUUUGGUUCAACAUUCGCGAGGGUAGCCAAUGUUAAAGGUUGUGAUUCUAGAAAGAAAAAAAAGCUUCCUAAAUCACAUCCAAAAAGAAAUGAGCUUAUUCGAAAAGAAAUUGGGAAGAGAAAGUGUCAGCUUAUGUCAAACCAUCAAGGCUUGGAACCAGGGGUAACAAAUGCUGAUAGUUUACAGAUCACUAGUGGCGACAAUGCAACAUCAGGUGAAGAAGAGAGGGUUAUGUUAUCAGGAGCUAUUGCUGAGAUUUCUAAGUUGUCUUGUGAUCAUUUGGAUGAUAAGGUGAGCAAGGCUUCCAAAUGCACAAGUGAAAGAAAUAUUGAAACAGCAGGGGAAGGCAAUGUUGCUUCAGUUCCUUGUCAAAUUGGCAGACGCAUAAGGUCAAAAUUUAGUAGCACGAAGGCUUCGAGCACGGAUGAUGAGGACAAUGUUAGACUUUCAUCUUUUGUUGCUUCAGUUAGUUGUCAACCUGAUGGAAGAAAAAGGUCAAAACCUAGAAGCAAGUCUUGUUCUAAGAGGAGUUCAGGUGUGACUGAUGAGGAUAAUGUUACACUCGCUUCCUUGGUUGCUUCGGUUCCUUGUCAAUCUGAUGGGCAUAAAAGGUCAAAACUUCGAAGCAAAUCUUGUUCUAAGAGGGUUUUGGAUACGAUCAAUGAGGAUAAUAUUUCGCCUAAUGGACACACAAGUUCAGAAGGCAGAAGCAAAUCUUGUUUAAAGAGAACUUUAGAUACUGACGAUGAGGAUAAUGAUACACUUGCUUCCUUCCUCAGACCUAAAUCAAAGAAGAAGAGGGCCGAACCCUUAGAAAUUGAUAAUCAGACUAGCUCUCCUUCCAGUAUGAAACAUGCGUCUGAGUUGGUGUCGAAACAUUAAUUCCAAUUAUCAUGCUCCACAAGAAUAAAAUCAAGUCUGAAAUCUGAAUUUUGGUUAGUCGGGGCUGCUGUAGAAUAGAUACAGAGACUUGUAAAUUCUUUCAUUGCUAGUCGUUCGCGGCUUCGAAGGUUAAAAGAAGAACGCUAACUAUGAACAAACACAGAGGAAAGAAGUGAGCUUGUCACCUGAAGGUGAGAAUUUGGUGUAUAUGAUUUGCUCUUUAUUCCUUUUUUGAGAUUCUUUCUGAAUGCUUAAGCCACCACAUGACUGAAUUAGAUAACACUAGAUCCAUAAUCCUAUGUGGGUCAAGUUUUUAUUUGAUUUUAAGUCUGAUUUUGGGGCAAAGUUAUGAAAUGGUAAAUAUGAAACUUCAAUUUUCUUUCUUUA